AUGCCGUAUGUGAAGCUGUGGUUAUGGGGUCUAAGACUGACAACUACUUGUACUAUCCCUUCAAGGAUUGCUCAGCCCUGUUGGUUUAUGAGAAUGGCACCAAAUUGUCUUUGUGUGCAGCAGAGUGUUCUCAUUGCAAGAGAGAGUUGUGCUCUAGUUGUAAGGUUCCUUGGCAUGCAGGGUUUGAUUGUGCCCAGUUUAAGUGAUGGUGAUCAAGGUCAGAUGGUGGAGGAGCUUGCCAAAAAAAUGAACUGGAUGAGGUGUCCAAGUUGCAAAUACUAUAUUGAAAAAUCUUAUGGGUGCAACGUCAUGAAAUGCAGCAACUAG